AUGGGAUUUGUGACGGCAGCUCUACUGAUUUUACUGUAUGAUUGUGCUUGUGCUACGCAGUUCUCUGCGUCUCUGAACAUGGGUGGUGUUACAGGACAGGUUCUGUUUGACAACACUUCACAGAUGGCCACCCUCAACAUCUCCGGCGCUGGAUCUUGCUCCUCUUUAAAUUUGUCCAUCACUGUGUUUCCAGUCAUCUCUGAACGUGAUGACUUUGACGGACGAUGCACCACAACAGGGGGUCACUGGAACCCCUUUAAAGUUGACACAGAACUUCCCAGCUAUAGCGAGUUCUGCAACUCUGCAAACCCUUUGUUCUGUGAGGGACACUUUAACCCACUGAACUGGAAUAUUUCAAACUCACCUCCUCCUGGAAUGGGCACCUUGGACCAGUAUGAAGUGGGCGACUUAAGUGGGAAGUUUGGGAUGCUGACAGGGCUCAACAAGCUCGAGGCUGUUUUCUCUGAUCCAUUCCUACCACUCACUGGGCCGAAUAGCGUUGUUGGCAGAUCUGUGGUGGUCCACUACACCAAUGGAUCAAGAAUGCGUUGUGCUGACAUCAAAGCAGAUAAGGACAAAGAUGGACACUGGGCGAAAGCUAAAGCAGUUUUCAACCGUACUCUGACAGGGACAGUGACAAUGCGUCAACAAAUAUUCUCUGAUGGGAGCAGCAUGGACACUACAGUUGAAGUAGCUCUCCUCUCAGCUGAAGAGGUGACCACUAGAAACUUUUCAAUGUACAUCACAACGGAUCAGAUAGGUGAACAGAGAUGCUCUCAAAACGGAGGAUUGUACAACCCUUUCAAUAUGACAAUCACGAGCCCUACGUGUUCUAUAUACAGUCCCCUGAGUUGUCCUGUUGGAGAGUUCUCGAUGAGGCAGAGUGCGCUCAGUCUGACGCACAGACAGUUCUUCACUGACAGCAUACUUCCACUCACAGGAGACUUCACUGUGGUUCGCCGGACUCUAGUUGUUAAGAAUGGGGACAGCAUCAUUGACUGUGCAGAUAUUCUCCCAGAAUCUCCCUCAGCAGAGCAGUCCUUUCAGAAAGUGCCUCAAUUCAGCAGGUAUGACUUCAGAAAGAGAGUGGCUAAUGUUCUGCAGCUUGAAAUAUCACAAGUUACCAUAUUACCUGGCUCUCCCCAGUCUAAUGAAACCUGCCAGAGAGUCAGCUUUAUGCUAGCAGCUGAUGUUAGCCCCGCGCUCCUGGAGUCGGUCAAAACAAGUGAGAAGAUGGGCCCGUAUAAAGAGACUUCAUGUUUAAGAGCUGCUGGUGUGCUUCUACAGCCUUGGAGACUGCUCAUUGCAUUUACUGCUGCUGCUGAAAGGAGGGCACAUUUUAAUCACAAGACCGAGCGAUUUGAGCCACAACGACCCGAUACGACCAUGUCUCCAAAAAUCACCGGAGAGCUGCUGCGGCUUCUGCGCCAAGCAAUGAAGAACUGUAAAUACUUUCCAGAACCCAUACAUGCCUACAUCGUCCCUUCUGGAGAUGCCCACCAGAGUGAAUACAUCGCCCCCUGUGAUUGCAGACGUGAGUUUAUCUCCGGGUUCAAUGGCUCUGCAGGGACGGCCAUUGUGACGGAGCAACAUGCAGCACUGUGGACUGAUGGGCGAUACUUCCUCCAGGCCUCUCAGCAAAUGGACAACAACUGGACCCUUAUGAGAAUGGGUCUGAAAGAGACUCCCUCACAAGAGGACUGGCUCAUCAGUGUCCUGCCUGAAAACUCCAAAGUUGGGGUUGACCCUUGGAUUUAUGCUGCUGACCAGUGGAAGCACAUGUCCACGGCCCUCACCAGUGCAGGACACUCUCUUGUGGCGGUGCAGGAAAACAUGAUCGAUGUGAUUUGGUCAGACAGGCCUGAGCGUCCCAGCACACAGCUGCGCACUUUGGGCUUGGAGUACACCGGUUUGACAUGGCAAGACAAGAUCACAGCACUGCGCACAAAGAUGACGGAGCGGAAGAUCAGCUGGUUUGUGACUACAGCGCUUGAUGAGACGGCAUGGCUUUUUAACCUCCGCGGUGCAGACAUUGAAUACAACCCGGUUUUCUUUGCGUAUGCUAUCGUGGGUAUGAACACAAUAAGGUUUUUCAUUGACCAGAAGAGGCUGAAUGAUGCAGCACUGAGGUCCCACCUUCAGCUGGACUCUCCCCUCAAACCAGAGCUGAGCAUCAGCACGUUUCCGUACGAGGCCGUUCACUCUGAGCUGCAGGCGAUCUGCUCUGCACUCGGCCCCAAAGACAAAGUGUGGAUCUGUGACAAGGCCAGCUGUGCCCUGACACAGGCCAUCCCCAAGAAUCACCGGUCUCCUAUUCCCUACACUCCCCUGUGUUUGGCCAAAGCUGUGAAGAACCCAACUGAGGUUCAAGGAAUGAGAAUGGCCCAUAUCAAAGACGCAGUAGCUCUGUGUGAGCUUUUUUCCUGGUUAGAAAAAGAGAUUCCCAAAGGAACAGUGACAGAGAUAUCUGCAGCUGACAAAGCUGAAGAAUUCCGCAGCCAGCAAAAAGAUUUCGUCGGCCUAAGCUUUCCCACUAUUUCAAGUGUUGGACCUAAUGCAGCGAUCAUACACUACACACCACUGCCGGAAACCAAUAGAACUCUUACAGUGAAUGAAGUUUACCUGAUUGACUCCGGAGCUCAGUACAUUGAUGGAACUACAGACGUCACCCGCACCAUGCACUUUGGGGCCCCGUCACCUUUUGAGAAGGAAUGCUUUACUUAUGUGCUGAAGGGACACAUUGCCGUCAGCGCUGCCAUUUUCCCAAAUGGAACCAAAGGCCACUUGUUAGAUUCUUUUGCGCGUGCCGCCUUGUGGGACUCUGGGCUGGAUUACCUCCAUGGGACAGGACACGGUGUGGGCUGUUUUCUAAACGUCCACGAGGGCCCGUGCGGCAUCAGUUACAAGACUUUUGCAGAUGAACCCUUGGAGGCAGGAAUGAUCGUCAGCGAUGAGCCUGGCUACUAUGAGGACGGAGCGUUCGGGAUUCGUGUUGAAAAUGUUGUUCUUGUGGUGCCUGCUAAACCUAAAUACAAUUACAGAAACAGAGGAAGUCUUACGUUUGAACCCCUGACUCUAGUUCCCAUUCAAGUCAAAAUGAUGGCCACAGAGCUGCUCACACGAAAGGAGAGGGACUGGCUGAACGAGUAUCACCGAACAUGCAGGGAGGUGAUCGGGGCAGAGCUGGAACGUCAGGGCAGGAAGGAGGCUCUGCAGUGGCUCAUCCGAGAGACUCAGCCCAUCGUCUGA